UACAACGACAACGUGUACAAAAUGUGGAAAAAGUAAACAGCAUCCAUAUUUUCCACAUUUGCCGGGACUACUAGUUAUUGUCCUCACUAAUAGGUGGCAGCAUAGACAAUUGACCUACAACGUAGCUAAAACGUAUGGGGUUAACAGGGCUUCGUUGUGCAGGUUCCUCAUUUCAUGAGUAACUAAGUUAAAAUACAAGUCUUGGCGAGAUGGCAUUGCUGAUCCCGUGCCGACUUUCAUCCAGAUGCCUUUCUUCAACAGCCAUAGCGUUGGUGAGAAGGAAUCCAUAUGUACCCCAGUCUUGUGGCCAAUUUGUUGAACAUCAACUGAGAAUUGGAGGACUGUCUGCCACAGUUAGCAAAAACAACUCUCGUGGUUUUAACUGCUGUACGCCUUCUUUUGCCAAGAAACUUAAGUCAAAACAUGUAAAAGACAGCUCACAAAAUGAAGUAGACGCUAUACUUAGUGCACAAAAGACAGCCAGGAUUGAGAGUUUUGCUGUCCAACUUCUUGAUGAGCACGGUACCGAACUUGGGACAAUGAAAAGGAAAUUGGCUGAACAGCGAGCCAAGGACGAAAAUUUGAAACUAGUAUGCAUCAAUCCAAAAGCGAAACCAAAUAUCUUUCAGCUUAUGACUGGUGCAGACCUUGUGAAAUUCGAUAAAAAACUGAAAAAACUGAAAAAAGAAAACGCUCCAAAAGAAGGCAAAACUAUUCGCUUGAGUAUGGGGAUAGGCCCCAGGGACUUGGAGAUGAAGUUGAAGAAUGCAGAUGAGUGGAUUGAGAAGGGACACAGUGUGUAUGUGUCUUUAAAAGCAGGCCGCGGACUUAACCAGGAUGAUAUAAACGCAAACCAAGCUCAAGUAUUCGGAGACUUAACCGCAAGAUUUCAAGAAAAAGCUGUCAUCAAGCAGGCAUUGAAAACAGACACUGACCUCAAAGUUCUUAUCGUACCAAACAGAGACGCUUCAUGAAAGUGACUUGUUUAUUGGUAUUUAUUCAUCCUCAGUUCGUAUAUAUUUUGCAGUGGGAGCCAACAACUUGAAACUGUGGGGUGCAAGUUUUUUCAAGCAUGCUCAUAUGUUUGAGCAAUAGAAAAAUGGACAAAAUGUAUGAUGAUUUGGUACAGGGCUGCUGUGAUACUGUAUUUAAUGAAUAGUGGUUUGUAAAAAUUGCAUUAGAAAA